AUGGACCAGGAAGAGACAGAAGCCCGAUACAACAUCAAGGCUAAGAAGCUUUCCUGCAGACUCUCCCGCACAGUAGUACAUGGUGGUGGCAGCUGGCUUCGAUGGUGGAAGCAAAUCAAGCCAAUUGAUGCUGCUGCUGAUGAAUACAUACUGAGGAAUGUCGAAUUUGAAGCCAGAGCAGGGGAAAUCACGGCCAUUGCUGGUUCAAGUGGUGCUGGUAAGACCACAUUGCUUCAGAUACUCGGCGGCAGCCUGGUUACAGGUUGUCGCCAGGCUUCUUCACGAGUCUCCGGUGAAGUACUCGUGAACGAGAAGCCGAUGAAUGCAUUGUGGUUCCGGAGAAUAUCUGGAUAUGUGACCCAGGACGAGGCACUUUUCCCACUUCUCACAGUAGAAGAGAUGGUAUUGUAUGCAGCUAGGCUCAGGUUAGGUGGAGGGGUCCAACCGGCUCGAGCCAGAGCUGAGAUUCUACUGAAGGAGCUUGCUCUCGAACAUGUUGCCAGUGUCAGGAUUGGAGACGAAUCUCGCAGGGGAAUUUCAGGUGGCGAGAAGCGAAGGGUGUCCAUAGCUGUGGAACUAGUUCACAACCCUGCUGUUCUUCUCAUCGACGAACCAACCUCCGGUUUGGAUUCCGGAUCGGCUCUCAAUGUGGUUCAGCUGCUUCAAUCCAUGGCUGCAGAACAUGGCAAGACGGUUGUGCUGACCAUCCAUCAGCCUGGGUUUCGAGUCCUCAAGCUGCUUGAUCGCGUCCUGCUGCUGUCGAAUGGAGCUGCUCUGUAUGAAGGAACGCUUGCAUCGCUCGAGGAGCGACUUAUAUCAGCUGGUAGUUGCAUUCCUAGACAUGUCAAUGUGCUGGAGUUCGCAAUUGAUGUGCUGAAGAACUUGAGAAGAGAUGGUGAAAGGAGUGAAGAUCAUCACAGUAGUGAUGCUGACGAAUUACGUUAUGACGUGCAUAUCAAGCAAACUAGAGCAUCCUACUCCAACGGUCGAUUCACAGAGGAGGUGUGGAUACUUGGAUAG